AUGACUGUCAAAACCGUCCCUCGUCAGUCACUAACGGUGAUUGACAAUCGCACCGGCAAGAACUAUGAGCUCCCCAUUCAGCACAACUCAGUUCUGGCCACCGACAUCAAGAAGAUCAAGGCCCAGUCGCAACAAGACCGUGCCGAGGAUGAGACGAGCCAAGGACUCAGAGUCUACGACCCAGCUUACAUGAACACGGCUGUCGUUCAAAGUAAAAUCACCUACAUCAACGGACAAGACGGCAUUCUGCGAUACCGCGGCUACCCAAUUGAGCAGCUCGUCAACAAGAGCAAUUUCCUGGAAUCCGCGUUCCUCCUCAUAUACGGCGAGCUGCCCACCGGCUCCCAGUACCAGAGCUGGCAGGAUGAGAUCAUGCACCACACGUACAUCCACAGCGACAUCGAGGGCAUGUUCAAGUCCUUCCGUUAUGACUCUCACCCCAUGUCCAUGAUGACAUCUGCGUUCGCGACUCUUGGCGCCUUCGCACCCGAGGCGAAUCCCUCGCUGCAGGGCCAGAAGCUGUACACGGAUGCUGCGACGGGUGAUCUCGCAGCGCUUCAAGUCCUAGACAAGCAAAUUCUCCGUAUCAUUGGUAAGGCGCCGACUCUCGCAGCCGCGUCGUAUCGUAUGCGACAGGGUCGGCCGUUCAACCGACCUGCACAGGGUCUCUCCUACACCGGCAACUUCCUGUACUUGCUUGACAAUCUAUCUGGACACGAGUACCGUCCGCACCCGGUUCUUGAAAAGGCCCUGGACGCCUUGUUCAUCAUUCACGCCGACCACGAGGUGAACUGUUCGACCGCGACCGUUCUCCAAGUCGGCAGUUCGUUGGUAGAUCCGUACAGCGCCGUCGCAGCCGGUUGUGCCGCGCUCUACGGGCCAUCUCACGGCGGCGCAUCCGAGAGCGCUAUCCGCAUGUUGAUGGAAAUCGGGUCGCCUGAAAACGUCCCUGCUUUCAUGGCCAAGGUUGAGAAGCGCGAGCGCGUCCUGGUCGGGUUCGGCCACCGCGUCUACAAGAACGUGGACCCGCGUUCAAAGGCCAUCCGUGAACUCGCCGAGGAAGUCUUUGAGGUUACUGGCCGCAACAAGCUGCUUGACACGGCGUUGGCCCUUGCCAAACUUGCCGGGGAGAGUGAGUUUAUGCGCAGCCGCAAUUUGUACCCCAACGUGGACUUUUACUCUGGCCUGAUCUAUCAAGCCAUGGGCUUUCCUCUAGACUUUUACCCCGUCCUGUUUGCUGUCCCUCGUUGCGUCGGAUGGUUGGCCCACUGGCGCCAGCAGAUGCUGAAUCCAUCUGGUGUCAAGAUCUGGCGCCCAAGACAGUUGUAUCUUGGCGAGGGACAGAGGGAUUAUGUCGACGUGGAGGGCAGACAGCAGAAGACUGAUGCGGGUGCCUUUGCUGCGCCGUCGAAAGUUAGCCAUGGGGGCGAUAGCAAGAGAAACCAACUGGCUACUUAUAGAGACGAGAGGGGCGAAAUUUUCAAGCCAAAGUUGUAA